UUCUCUGAUAACAAAAGGAAAAUGACAACCCCAAGUCAAGUAACGUCUUCAAAGGCGCAGCAAAAAAGUUGUCGUCUUUUUCGCCUGCAAAUGCUGAUUAUAGACGGAGGACUACUUAUACUUAGGAAUAUUUUCGAUCAAAAACUGCAAAAUGUCCCUCUUGUCGCAUUUUUGAAGAAUGAAAGACAAACAUUUACAAACUUAAGAACACGCGGAAUACUUACGCAGGUGCAAUAUGAUCUAGUGUUUCCAUCAGGUGGCACCGCUCCAACUUCAACAGACCUAGACAUCACGUUAAUCAUAUGUCUCCUAAGAAACAUCAAGUCAUUUGGGCUGAACAAGAAGUUUCAAUGGAACUCAAUUCCUGCACAAGGUGAUACCUCAGUUGAGGCUGAUAUUUCCCGUCUGAAAAUGUACAGAAACGAGCUCAGUCACAUAUCUUCAACAAGUGGAAUAACGCUGCCUAUCUUUACAACAAAGUGGACGGAGAUCGAACAGGUUCUUUUGAGGUUGAACACGGCGGUGUCACCCAUACCAGACCUACAGAAGAUGAUUGAUGACUUAAAAGUGAAUCCACUUGAUCCACAGGCGGAGAUAAGGGUUCAGAAGGCCAUAGACAGUUGGCAAAUGUUAGAAAAGGGGGUAGAAGCUGAUUUAAAACUGUUAAAAAUGGAGGACGAGAAGAUAAAACAUACUCUGAAUGUGCAAGGUCAAACUGUGAGAAAGGCGGAGAGAAGGGUACAGAAGGCAAUAGACAGUUGGCAAAUGUUAGAAAAGGGGGUAGAAGCUGAUUUAAAAUUGAUGAAAAUGGAGGACGAAAAGAUCAAAUAUACUCUGAAUGUGCAAGGUAAAACUGUGAGAAAGCAUGCACAGAGUAUUUGUGAAUUAAACAAGAAAACCUCUGAACAUGAUAAACAAAUACAGGAAUUAAAGGAAGAAACUAGAAAAGAUGUCACAGCAGAGACAAAAUCAAUGCGACAGUCUCAAUAUGAAGAGUCGAAAAAAA